ACUGGAGUAAGUGAGCGUGCAAGUUGAAUAUCACAUAAUUUCUAUUGUGCCUUUAUGUAUUAUAUUUGUGCUAUUCAAUUUUGAAAAAUGGCAUACAGGCUCACAGUGAUGGGUUCUCAUGUGAGGAAAACCUCAACAAACAGGUCAAAGAAAGCCAUCAUUAUUUCCAGUAGCUCAUAUUCAUUUCCGUGUUGGCAUUCGUCGUGUCUAUGAGAGGUAUAAUCAUAGCGGUAUUACAUACAUCGACCGUGUCAACAGAGCCAUGUGGGUAGUGUCAUAUUCUUACUGAAGGUUUGACGUUGAUAUAUGUGUUCAAGUAAGAAUGGAAAUGAAGCAAGCUGCUGCAACAAGCGAGACAGAUCAGGAGAAUGCGAUGACUAACCGCAUCAUUACGGCAGCAAAAUAUGGCACUUUUGAUAAAUUGCGAGACGCUUUGGAGGCGGAUUCCAGUAAGAUUAACACUACAAACAGCAAUGGAUUGUCACCAUUCUGUGUAGCCGUGCAAGGGGGCAGUCUGCCAUGUGUUAAACUUCUCGUCUCGAAAAACGCAGACGUGAAUAUGAUGGCUAGAUCACGCCCGGUUGUGACAGAACCUGAGUGUACAUUAUCACCAUUCCUUCUUGCCUGUCGACUCGGCCACCAGUCGAUAGUCGAGUUCCUGUUCUACAACGGUGCUGAUCUACGCCAGACCAGUGCCGAUGAUGAUCUCAAUUGCUUAUCCUUGGCCAUCAUGUAUAACCGGGAGAAUAUUUCGAAGUUUUUGGUGACGCAUACCGAUUUCGAUACACUCUUGGUCCUUAUGAAGACGAAAUCACAUGACCUCACUUUGGGCCUGGGACGUCGAACACUCAAAACGUCCACGCCUAUGAGACAACUGAUACAAUACAUGCCUGAUGUAGCUGAGAUCGUAAUGGAUAGAUGCAUCACAUUAAUAAAAAAUGAAAAUGGCGAUGAAGUCACGUACUACCUGGAACUUCUCGAUGAUUACUUUUCUCCUUGGGCACCACAGAACAAAUAUACCAAUGAUGUCUUUGGUGAUGAAGGAAACUUACUAGUGAAUGCUCAACCAAAUCGUACUCACAUAGAAGAUGACCAUGCUGAUAUCUUUGACGACAAGGGAAAGCUAGUCGUUAAAGUUGGAGUGAGUCAUACUCAAAUAAUAAAUGGUAAUCACCCAUUGGCCCUUAUGCAAGAACAGGUGCGCCACGUCCAUCUUCUGACCCAUCCUCUCUCCAUCAAGCUCAUCGAACACAAAUGGCGAGUCUUUGGAUUCGCGUUGAACUUGGUCUCGCUCCUUGUGUAUCUCAUCUUUCUAUUUUUCCUCACUGGAUACGUGUUGGUGAAUCCUCCUUCUUUCUACUUCACGUUCUACAAUGCAACCCACGUCGAAUGGUUCUACAAUGCGAGCAAGCUGUUACCUGAUGAAACAUAUUCUGAUGCUGCAAAGUAUUGCUUUGGGAGUAACAGUGCUGGAUUCCUGUUGACGUUGGUUGUCCUCAAUGUUAUCAAAGAGAUAUUUCAGUUGUACAGCCAAGGGCAGAGUUACUUUAAUUACCAGAGUCUUUUAGAAUGGUCUAUCUACGUGUUGACAUUCUGUCUCGUAAUACCAGUCAGUGAAGCCCAAUACGAAGAAUAUGUGUUAAGACAGAAAUGGCAAUGGCAGUGUGGUGCAUUGGCUAUCUUUCUGGCAUGGAUUAACCUCACUCUCUACGUUCGACAAACAUCAACCCUCGGUAUCUUCGUCAUCAUGUUUGAAGAUGUUCUACUCAGUACUGUUCAAUUUCUUGCCGUCAUCUUGCUCUUCAUUGUGGCUUUCGCUUUGGCCUUCAACGCCUUACUUUUAAAUCAGACUGAUUUCCAUUCUUUCGGGGAUGCCUUACUUCGAACGUUUGCCAUGACGACAGGAGAGCUUGGUUUCAGUCGGAUGUUUCACUCUCAGAACUACCUUGGGACUAAGAAUGACAGCUCAGUUGAAGACUACAUUCUGACUGCUGUAUUCUCAGACACCAUCACCAGCAUAACCUUUGUUGUCUUUGUCAUCACGAUGCCCAUCAUUGCCAUGAACUUGUUGGUUGGUGUGGCCGUUGAGGACAUUCAUCGCAUCAGGCAGAAGGCAACAUUCUAUUACAUGAAGUUAAAGGUGGAUCGUGUAAUAUCAGGAGAGAAUAUGGUUUUUGGUACACCACUACGUAAAUACGUCAUAAGAUGGCUUCCUAUCACGGUUCAGUCAAUGAAGAUGCGACUUUCACGUCAAUCCAGAGCAGCAAGGUUUCGAUCUUGGUUUACUUCUGUCUUCGAUUUUGAAAAGCUUCGAGAAAGCGUUCAAGAGGUCGAUUUGAAGAACCAGGAGAGAAAAGAACUUCGCGCAAAGAGUUCAUCUAGCAGUCAGGGUGACCAGACCGAUGGUGGAACUGACCAAACCGUUCUUCAAAAGCUACGUCAAAUGCGAGACGAAAUCAAUGGAAUGAUAAGUCAAGUUGAACAUAGUACUGUAUAAAGGUAUAGGAAUUGUAAACAGAAACGGCGAGCGGAAUUAUGUACGUCUAUGCUAACCAUUCAUUCUAUGCCUUUCUCGAGUUUCCACUGCCUUUAAUUCAAUCUCGAAUUUUACGUGCAAAUUUCGAUAAUGCAAAACGUCUCAAAGCUUGGCUUCAUCGAUUUUCUUUACCUUUUCCUGCGUAAAACCUUUUAUAUUGAAAUGGGCGUUAAUCCCAAUUUUUUGUUUGGAAUCGCAACUCAGUUCUCAAUCUACCUUGAUUUAGAUGGAGCGAGAGGAAGAAAAAAUAUCUUAUUUCCUGCAAUGAACAAUAUGAAUGAAUUUUUUAGCUUUUAUGUAGGGACUGUAUUAGACCGCUUACAUAACCAAAAUCGCUCCGACCAUCUUAUUAUGCAUUAUACAUGUUAUACACUAAAACAAGCUAGCGAAAGAAAAAUAGACACUUUAUGUGAUAUAGUUAUCAAAAACCGCGCUAUAUAACCAAACUGUAGUCGAAACGAUGUUUAGAUUAAAUCUGUAUCUCCGUAAUUUCUUUUCCUUGUAAUUCUUGUUAUUAUUAUUGAUCAAAAAUAAUAUUGAUCACCAAGGAUCUUAUAACGGUAAUCGUCGAGAGAGGAAAGAAUCUGUUCGAGGUGUUAUAUUUCUUACUAAAACAAUAUAGAUAUCUUGUUGGAAAUUCUAUUGUGUAUUUGAUCAUCAAAAUGGCUGAAUUUGCUUGUUUUCUAAAUUGCGUUGCGCUUUCUAUCCUUUAUGACAACACAACACAACAAUUCCUUAUAUUAUACGAUUUCGCAUAAAAAACAAAUCAGAUUUAGAAGAUGGAGGGCACAUGAUGGAGUUUUGCUGAUGAAUCAUAUCUGAUAACACGAAAAGGAAAGCAACACGUAACGGCUUGUAACGGCUUGAGAAAAUACUCUCAUUUUGACUUUAUUUGCCUUAUAAUAUCUUAAUAUUACCAUUGUUAUCGUUUGUCUUGUGGUGGAACUGCUUACUUAUCUUCCAUGUGAUGGUUUAGUCUUAUAUUCUGGAGUGAUUUUUGUGGAUUAUUAAAUGUGCUGUGAUUGAGAAAUUUGAAACGCCACGGACGUCCGAGAUAGUAGUCCCAUACAUACACCACAGUGCCUACAGUUAUGUGAACAUAAUACUGGUGAGAAUAGAUGUGUUACACUGACUGAACAGUGACAUUUUACCGAGCAUAUUAUAAAUUGUGACAGUGUUAUCAAGUCUAUCAGUAACUACGUUCCAAAUAAGUGUCGAUUUUCUAUACAAUGACGCUAAAAUCAAAUACUCAUACCGGAGCCCCGGGUUCUGGAGAUUUCAGGUAUAAAUUACCGAAAUAUAUGACUACAUCUGCGUUACGAUUAGCUGUCCAUCAUUUGCAUUAUUCAUAUGAACAUAAUAUAGAGCAGAAAGAUGAGAAAGCACGAAUUGACUAUGUGACAGAUCUUUUGUGUCAUAUAUUACCCCAUCUUGAUUCUAAGAUAUGUGAACAUUUCGUCACCAUGCAUGAACAAGACAAAUAUGGCGACCAUGACCAGAGAGAUCUACGCGAUCAUGAUGAUCAAGACGAAGUAAUCCUCCAUGAGAUCGAGCGUACAGAGGAAGAAUAAAAACAUGAAGCAUGCAAAAGCUGCUCUUCAAUAGGCUCUAAUCUCAUUUCUCUCCAGCAGCAAAUAACGACAUUAUCGAUCACAGUGAAUAACAUUAUUGCAUCUAAUGACUCUAAUCUUGUUCGUGAUGUAAACAAAGAGGACAGUGGCCAAUCAGGAAAUCCCAUUGAUGAUCAACUAAAGGCUUACAGGGAAAAGCACCGUGCAAUCCACGAAAGUUCUUGUAGGCCCAAAAGCAAGAGCGAUGUGAAAGCAGAUAUUCUCAUUAUCGGCGAUUCCAUGACAAGAGGAUUAAUCCCAGCCCGAUUGUCAAAACGUCGUGUUGCAUGUAGGACCCUCCCAGGCGCUAAGCUUGAAGAUGCGUAUGACAGAGUGUGUGACUUCGUUCAAAUGAGUAAACCUGCCGAGGUUAUUCUUCACCUUGGAACAAACAAUGUCGCGAUCGAUGACUCCAGUGAAAUUGUUGCCAAACACACCUCACUGAUUGAAGAAUUGAAGAAAUGCCACGAUUUUGAGUUUGUCACUAUCUCAUCAAUCAUUAGUCCAGUCAAUCUAUCCAGAAUAGGGGGGUAACCCACCACUAAUUGCAACACAAGAUAUUCCACUGAAAUGCUUUCCAGGAAGGUCCCCUAAACAACAUACUAAAAGUCCCAAGAAAUCUAAGCAGUGGAAAUUUAUGAAAUUUGCAUAUUAUGCAAAUUAGCCAUGAAAAAUUAGACAAAGAAGGGAAAUAAUCCAAAGAUUACAAAUUAAAUGUCCAAAACAAUUUAAUUUGAAUGGAAAUUCAUGAUAAAUAACUGAAUUCAAUGUUUUUAAUCAAAAGUGCAAAAAUUUCUACCUCAUUUGCAUAUUAUGCAAAUAAGCAUCCUUAUAUGGAAAAAAUGUCAAGAUAUUGUGAAUUUUCUCAUAUAGACUGCUUGAAAAUAUUUCAUUAAUGUUGACAUUAAUAUGCUACUAUAUCACUAAGCAUGAGAAUUCAUCCCAAUGCCUGAAAAUUAAUUUGCAUAUUAUGCAAAUUAGCCAUU